AUGGCCUACUAUGACGAAUCGGGAGGCGACUCCCAGCCUUAUGGAAGACCUCCCAAAUCCUAUGAAGGCGGAAUUUUAGGACCGCGACGUCCGCGACUCGUCACCGAUUAUGGCUCGUCUCUCGUACAGUGGAUGCGCACGCGACGACCGCGAUACAAAGGAGGUCAUCGGAUGGAGACGGAAAGACCCAGCGCGAGCUACGUCGUGGAUAUGCUCCCUCCUUUGGCUCGAGUGCAUUCCCCAGCGGACACUAUCCCCGUGCGACAUUUACAUCAGUCAAUCGGUAAAUCAAAAAAACCGAUCACAGUGGUCAGAUGGACACCAGAGGGAAGACGUCUUUUGACCGGCGGACAUACGGGAGAGUUCAUGCUAUGGAAUGGAACGGCGUUCAAUUUUGAAACCGUCAUGGAUGCCCACUACGACCAAUUGCAAGCGGGUGUCACCUCGAUAUCUUGGUCCCACAGUCACGACUGGCUGAUUUCGGGAGGACAGAAGGGAGAUAUCAAAUAUUGGCGUCCGAACUUCAACAACGUCGAAACGAUUGAUGAUGCGCAUCACGAUGCAGUCCGCGAUCUCGCAUGGUCUCCCAGCGACACAAAAUUCCUCUCCGCGUCUGAUGACACCACGCUGAAGAUCUUCGAUUUCACCUCUCGAACUGCGGAUACCAUUCUGACUGGCCACAACUGGGAUGUCAAAUCUUGCGAUUGGCACCCCACCAAGGGCUUGUUGGUUUCCGGCUCGAAAGAUCACCAGGUCAAAUUCUGGGACCCUCGAACCACAAGAUGUUUGACUACGCUGCACAGCCACAAGAAUACCGUGACAACUACCCGAUUUUCGCGAGUGAAUAGCAAUCUUCUGGCGACCUCGUCGCGCGACCAGACGGCCAGGGUAUUUGAUUUGCGUAUGAUGCGUGACAUCUGCAUUCUUCGGGGUCAUGAAAAGCCGGUCUCUUCUCUUACGUGGCAUCCUAUCCACAGCACGCUCAUCUCCACCGGCAGUGAAGACGGGUCGCUAUACCAUUAUCUACUCGAUGAACCUAACGUGCCGUCGGGGCAGGUCCCUACGAUCGCACCAUACAAUAGUACAGACCCCACGACCACCCCGGCCCAGGUCAUCUAUCCUGCUCAUCGCAUCCAGUAUGCACACAGUGCGACAAUUUGGUCAUUGGAUUGGCAUCCGCUUGGUCACAUUCUUGCAUCUGGCUCUAAAGACAAUUUCACACGGUUCUGGUCUCGUGCGCGACCAGGUGAGACGAGCUACAUGAAGGACCGAUUCCACAUCGGCGAAGAAGCCGCAGAAGCUCAAGGAACUUGGAAUAGAGGCUUUGGCAAACGACAAAUGCGUGAAGAGGAGGAACAGGAGCUUCAGGACGAGGCCGAGAGCCUUGUCGACCAGAAGAAAUCCGCCGGUUCCUUUCUCCCUGGAAUUCAGAUCGCACCUCCUGGCAGCGGGCCUCAGCAAGAUGGGAUGGGCUCUCAACUGCUUCCGGGCAUUGGCGCGCCACAGCCUCCUCCGCAGGCUGGAAUGCCAGCUUCUAUGCCUCCGAUGGAUCCCAGCCGUCUGGCUGCCCUCUUGUCUUCGCAACCACCACCCCAAGCAAACAACUUCCCACCAAACACUGGACUCCCCGGGUUCCCUCUGCUUCCUGCAUUGUCGGGCACACCGCCGGCGAACCUGGACCUCGCCGAACUACAGAAGCAGCUUCUCUCCCAGGGGAUCUCCCUGCCACAAGGCUUCCCCCAAAACUUCCCCGCUAUGCCCCAAAUGGGUGCUGGCGGUCUUCCUGGCUUACAGGGAGGUGGGACGCCCAAUAACCGCUUUGGAAGAUAA